UACAUGAUGUGAGAAAUACUACUGAUAGAAGUUACACAUCCAACAUCUUGUCUAUUAUUUACAGAUGUGCAAUAACAACAAAAUAUUUGGAUAUUUCUGAAUGUAAAAUGGAACUUCGACCGAGUGCUGCAAAAAUGCAGUUACAUUUACUUACUCUGGUAUCUCUGUGGACUAUGAGAUCAGUUUUAGCGUGCGUCGAAUGUCAGUAGAAUCUAGAAGGAACUCUUUGGACUCUCAGAUUUCGUUUCAAAUAGCCGAGCUGAAGACAACGCGAAAAGUUGCGAGUAGCUCACGUGGUCGUCGCGGAAAGCGACGACGAGAUUUUGGAAAGUCAAGAUCCGGAAAAGUGGGACCACUAUUCAGAAGGGGUAGUACAACCUCGUAAGAAAGUCAGCUCGGUGCGCAAAUACUGUCGGCAUUAACCAUAGGUGCUAAUUCAAGAGUACCACUGGUCCAAGUGCCUAAUAUGAAGAGACGAUCAGCAAGUGCUGGACUAGAUGAAUGUACCCUGAACUCUAAGUUGUUCGAUGGAGGAAAAGCGGCACCAAGUUAUGUCAGGAAAAGACGUGGAUGUUGAAGUUGGUAAUGCAGAAAAAGAUGAUCAAGAUAAUGACAGCGAAGACAGUCAACCAGAGGAGGAAACAAAAAUGCUAGACCCUGCAGAACCGCAAGAACGUAGCAAGAGUAAAAGCAGUAACAAGAGCUCCAAAGAUGGUCAUGAAAGUGAUAGAAGGAGUAGAGAGGGUCGCAGAAGCAAAUAUCUGUUGCAAGAUGAAACUAUUUUAAAACACCUAUUUCAAGAAUCUAGUGAUAUAAAAUUAAAAAAUGACGCAGAAACAAAAGAAAUGUAUAGAAAAGCUGGAAUAGGCAAUCUGGCGUCUAAUUUUACAUCCUACUUCCCUGAAUUAACAAGACUCAUGCAGUCUGAAGGACAAAAUACUAAUGCCCGAGAAAUGGCAACGCAAACUUCUUUAUCAUUGGACAUUCUGGAGGUGGAAGAGUCGAAACAAAGCAUACACGAAAUUAUUAACAGUCAACAUUGCAGUCCAAAGGGUACGAAAAUUUCACCGUAACUGAAUAAGAACAAAAACAUCGCUACAUAACUGUAAGGUUAGAAUUUAUACUUUGAAGACGUGACUGCAACAAAGUAAAUUUAAGGAUCCUUUAAUUAUCCUUGCUUAAAGAUGGUGUUUCUUGAAAAAAGAAACCGGCAUUGUAUGACAAUGUAAUAGUGCCAAAAUUAUACUUAAUUCGUCGUGUUUAAGUACGUAUACAUUUAAUAGUAUGACAUUUGAUUGUAUAUAGUAUUUCAAAGUAACUUGGGUUUAACAAUGCAUAUUGUUUACUUUUACACUUUUUAUUAUCAGUGAAACUGCGGUAAAAUUUCAUUAUCGUAAAAAAUAAUUCAAUUUACGAUA